AAUAAAAGGAAGACUUCUGAAGAUAUCAUAUUAGUUUAUCCUGCUGGAGACGAGAAUACCUAUGAAAAAAUAUCUGGAAAUACAGCAACUGCUGGUCAUCAGAAUCAAAAUAGUUCAGAGAAUUUUAUUAAAAAAACCUCAACUUCUGUUGUUCAGGAAAAUGUGCAGUAUAAUGGUGUAAAUCAAAAGAGAGAUGGGAUGAUAUCUAAAAACUCAAGUAUUGUCAAUGAUAGAGGAGAUACUAACAUUUCAGGCCAAGAUUCAAUUAUUUCAGCUCAGGCAUCACCCACAAGAAAUUUAUCCAGACUUUCACAGGCAUUUUUGGAUCCUUCAAAAGAAGAGGUAUGUAAGAGUUCUUUUACUCCAAAUACAAACACAAUAAAAGGGAUACAAUCUUAUGGUCAUAUUGAUAUACAAAAAUGUCAUUAUUUAUGUAAUCACACAAAGAGACAAAUACAUGGAAAACCAACCAAGAGAUCAAGCUAUCUCUACAAAUCAGGACCUCAGGCUCAGGCUACAGACCCGGGUAUAUUUUCUUCUCCUGUUAACACAAAUAUGCAACAGAAUCCACCACAAAAUUGCUUGCAAGAAAAAGUAACUUCUGAAGAACUGAUUAUUAUAAUUCAGAAUAUAAUGACCUGGGUUGUGGCUACCAUAUUGUACCCAGCCAUCACAAAGUAUGAAGAAAGAUUGAGAAAUAAUACAUACCCAGCGUCCGAUAACUCCAUCCUCUCUUCAGAUAGUUCAAGUUUCUGUAGCACAUGCAGUGAAGACUUUGCAGAUAGAACCUACACAUCUUCAACAACUAAAACAUUUCAGGCAGAACCCUGUGCAUUUGCAGUUGACCUGUCAGUAAGGAGACCAACCACACCAAUAAAACUUUCUCCUGCACAUAAGGAAAGAACUGUUGUCGGGAAAACCUAUCAUGCAAAAGGACAAUCUAUAACUUCUACACUUAAAUAUAAUAAAAGCAACGUGCUAUGUUCAUACCCUAAGCUCAGAAGUUGUAAAUCAGAUAGUCAUCUUUUAGCAUCAUUUGAAACAAGCACAACAAAGUCUAAGGAUGCUACUACUGAAACAGAUAGCCUAGGGAGUUCACUGAUUUGUGAUAAAAAAGCAAAAGCCAUAGAUGAAAUGAAGAAUUUUAAAUGUCACUUGAAAGAGAAAACUAAAGUGAUUUUAGAAAGCAUCUUUCGUGAAAUAAUAUCUGAUUUAACCCAGGCCAUUCCCUCUCUCUCUUCUGUUACUGCUGAAGUUUUUGUUGAACAAUGUGAAGGUGAAAAAGAAGACUUGCCCUCCAAUGUUGAUAUUUGCUCAGUUGCUUCUGAGAUUGUGGAAAAUAUGCUUGAGAAGUUAGAGUCUGCAGUGGAUAAAAAAUGUGUUGAGAUGUUUUCACAAGAUGUACCAGUCAACAUUAAACCAAGCUUAACAGCCAGUGAUGAACAUCUCCCAUCAUCAAAUAAAAAACCUUUGACUGAUUCAAUGCCUUGUACUUUGGACCCGAUGUAUGAUAUUGCAGAGGACAUGGUGCAUGCCAUUUUAGAAAAGCUGAUGUCUCUUACUUCUUCUAAGCGAAAUGAAUUUCUUCUACUUAAAGAUUCGACUAAGCUUUCCUGCCAGCAACAUAAGACAGACCCAGUAUGUAUGUUCCUUCAGAGAGCUGGCAAAAAUAAAUCUAGUCUUGAAUCUGACGCAGCUAGUUUAACUGUCAAUGAAGAAAUACAAAAUUUACUAUCAAAUAUUUUUUCCCAGUCCUCUUUGAUUGGUUAUAUAGAGGAAGCAAUUAGUGCUAUACUAGGUUAUAUACAAACUGAACUAAAUAAUGAGAGAAUUAUUGCAUCUGAAGAAACAGUAGUACUCCUUCAGCUACUUGAUGAUAUCCUUGCUCAGCUCCAUCAGGAACCAGCAAAGAAAAAUUUUCAAAAAUGUAGACAACCUAGAAUAAGUAGUCCUUCUGACACCAAAGAAAAGUACAGACUCGCUGGCACUAGAUUAUCUAAUAGUCCUAGGUCUAGAAGACCAUUUCUACCUAUAAAUGUUCCAGGCAUACUUCUUUAUUCUGAAGAUGAGGAGAUAGACAAUAUUGUAAAAACUGUGCUUGAUUCAGUUUUCAAAGAGAAAACAAAAUCACAAGAACAGAUUCCUGAUAAUUCAUUUACAAAGGGAAACACUUGUUUUGAAUACAAAAGAAAUACCAAACCACCUACAAAGCCUGUUUCUAGAAGCCAAGUUGCAUUUCCUGAUUGGGAAUUAAAGACUGAGCCACCAUCUCUUAAUCAUAAUGAUACUUUAAAGAAAAAACUUUGUUUGAAUAAAGUUAUUUUGACCUUCAGCCAAGACCAAAAGCAUCAAAUACAAAAGGCUUCAGAAAACAUAGUCACAAGUGUUUUAAAAGAAAUGCUCACGGACGUAUCUUCUGUUCCUCCUGGUCAUUUCAACAGCAAAACUGGCAAUGAAGCUUCAGUUCUUGCUUCACAAAAGCCUCAAGGACUGUCACAUCAAGAAUGGAUAGACCAGCUGUUUUCUGUUUCAGAAAUCAACACAGUGGCUCAAGAAAUAAAAGAUUCUGUGUCGAACAUACUUCAUAAGGCACCAAACUACAUUUCCAAUACCACUAAAAUUCAUCAGACUUCCUUAGAUAGUUCUGACACUGCACAUGGAGGCAAAGAAGCACCAAAUAAAUGUUCAUUAAAAACAUGGUUUGACAGUGAAAAGAAAAUGCAAUAUUUAUCUUCAUUCAAUAUUGAUUCUGAAAAGCCUUCCUGGUUAAAAUCUGGAGAAAGUGAACUUAAACCUGUAGAUGACAUUAAUGAUAAGAUCAUUCACACAAUAUUUAAAAGACUAAAGUUAUUUAUUUGUCCAAAAUUGCAUAUGGGCUUCAAAUCUUUACUACAAUCUCAACUUAGUAAGUACACAGCUAAAAUAGUGAACAUUGUUUUAUGUGCUAUCCAGAAUGAACUGGAACUCCGUAAGAAAAACCUAAAUUUUAUGGAGAUUGACCAUACCAAAUCUCUUAUAGCUAAUACUAAAAAAUUAGAAUCUCUUGUCACAAGUAUUGAUGAUGACAUUUUGGCAAGUCCAUUAUUAACAUGUAUUUGUUCACUUUCUUCAUGUAUGCAAAAGUCUGCAAAUGACAGUGUUGAUGAACAAAGCAUUUUGCCAAAUAGGCAGGAUAAAAAAUCUUUUCACAAAUAUAUGGCUACUCCUUGUGCUCUCCACAGUGUCAAUGAUGAAAAAGGUACUCAAAAUAAUGCAAAAUUGGAAGUGUUAGAUAGAAUUGGGGAAACACUACAUGAAAUGUUAAGCAAGCUCCUGGGAAGCCAAGAGACUACCAAUAAGAAUCAGAAAAUGGCUGCUGCAUUGCAGUGUAAUAUUCAGUUAAUUUCCAAAGCAAUUUUUGAUUAUAUCCUUGCAAAAUUAUCUGGUAUUGACAUGGAUACCAGUUUUGCAAGUUGUGGAUUAAAAGCCAUCUCAGAGUCUCUUGACAUUGACAACCCAUCAUUUGCUUCAAUUAUUGAGAAAAUGGCCAAAUCUACCAAAAUAAUCUCCAGCAUAGUUUCCAUGGUUCAGGAGGGCAAUAAAGAGGGAACUCAAAGUAAAGCAAAACCUGUUGCUCCUGUGUCUUCCAAAGCAGAGAGCCCAAAAGAAAUGCAUCCAAAUAAACUGAAAGCUGUAGCUUCAGACAUUCUUAAUAUGGUUUUUGCUAAACUGAAAGGGUUUGCCGAUGGAUAUUUAGAAAUUCUGGAUGCUAUUAAUGAUGAAAAUAAGAAAAGCAAUAAGAUGGGCUGGGAAUGUGAAAGCACCAAUAUUUUCAGAGACACACAUGAAGAAUCAUUUUUGUCUGCUUUAUACACACCUGCAAAGAAGGUAUCAAGUGCUAUCUUGAAGGCUAUUCAAACAGAAUUAAAUGUGACUUCAUCGGACUUGAGGACAAGUGUAAAAUCCCUACCACCUGAGACUCAGAUUCUUACGGAUGUAGUCAAAUUAAUUUUAGAUGCACUAUCUUCAGAUAUGUUUAAUGAAACUGAAUCCAAAGAGGGAGGCAUUGAAACUUCGACAUAUGGAAGUCUUCCUGGAGGAGCUGAAUCAGAUUCAUUUCUAGAAGAUGAGGCAUAUACAGAGAAAAAAAUUACUGAUGAUAGAUCACUACAAAGAGAAGAAACGAACACACAUUCUCUUAAACAAUGGGCUCUAGAAAAAACCUUAAACAAAAUUGAAGUAAAACUCAAAGAACCAAAUAUAUCUCCAAUUGCUCCCAUCAUGAGAAAUAUUUUGAAUGAAAUUUUUCAAAGUACUUUAAUCAAUCAAUUAAAUGUGCUUUCUCUCUCCCACUCUCAUUUUAAUGGCAUGCCUCACAAUGUUGAUGCGCCAGUUGCCCAAACACCUGUUCAAUGUAUGGAUAAAAUGAUGGAUCCUUUAAUUUCUGAAGCAGAUAUAACCAUAGUAACAGAAAAUAUUGUUAAAACUGUAUUUCACAAACUUUAUUCAGCUGCCAUGACAGAAAGAAAUGUAAGGAAAAAUAGGUAUAAAACUAUGAAUUUUUCAGCCUCUGUCACUGCAUUGGAUAAAAAUCCAUGUGCUUUUCAGUCUAGAUUCAGUGUAGCUGACAAAGAGGCAAAGGUAAAUGUAGUUGAAGAUAUUGUACAGGCAAUAUUAACAAAUUUGGAAACGUUUGCUACUUCCAAAGUAAAAUCUCUCUUUUGUUCCCAAGUCAACAUUACAGUUCCAGUGGCCUUACCUAUUCAACAAGAUCAGAGUACAUUGAGCAAAGCAUUAUCAGCCAAAGAUCCAUAUUCUGAUGAGCAGUUUUCCUAUUGCUCAGUAGAUUAUACUAAGUCAGGAGAGACCAACUUGUGCCAACUGUCUUUGUCUAAAUUAAAUACUUAUGCACAACAAGUGGCUAGAAAAAAUUUACAAGAAAUUAAACAUGAAUUAGAUAAAGAAAAGGAAAAUCAUUUCUUAACUCACGACAUUGGGAUUUCUAAAAGUAUUGCAAGUCAAAUUGACACAGUGUUAGACAUUAUAUCAUGUAAAGGCAAGUGUAACAAAAACAGUUCUGAUAAUGAGAUUGAUUUGGAUCAGCAAAAAGGUGUUAUUGAAAAGCUGCUCAAUAAAACCGAAUAUCAAAAAGCACUUCAGUUUCAAAUACAAGCUACAAUUGAAGGAAUCUUAUGUGAUAUUUAUGAGAAAACCCUGUUUCAGAAUAAUCUGUCAUUUGCCACACCCACUCUGAAAUGUAGUACAGCUGAUAAAUAUUCAAAAGAAAGUUCUGAAAUGUUCAUGGAAGGUGCAAAUAAGUUUAUUCCUAAGCUUUCAGUUCCUAAAUCAGAUGUCAUUUUGAUAUCCAAUGAUAUCGUGAAUAUUGUUCUUCAUAAUCUCAGUUCUGCUGUCAUGCUUAUCAUAAAUGCAAAGAAUCCUACUUCUGCAACAUUGCCCCUGACCUUUCCGGAUAUGUUUCCAAAAAUAGACUGUCAACAACCUCUUAGGGGGUCAAAAACUGAAAGAAAUCAGAAAUCAGCUUAUGCUGAUGAUAAUCAUUUAACUGUAGUAGAGAAAGAAGACAUCCAGAAAUUUGCUGCUGAUUCAUGUGAAGAAAAUGCUAACUUCAUUACUAAAACUAUUUUUAAUCGUUUAGAAUCUUUUGCCACAAAAAGAGUUGAUUCAUUAAUUGCCCUUGCUUUCCAACAUAAAGAAAAGUCAUUUGUUAUCCCAGAAUUGGAAAAUUGUAAACAAAAUGACAGCAUCUUUUAUGAUUCAAGCCAAGUGGAAUCAGAUGUGAAUGUCCUGAAAAUAUCAGCAACUGAAACCAAUCUUAGCCAAGAGCUCACAGAUUUCACUUUUGCCAGUCAUGGAGAAAAACUUGGAUCCACAAUUCACCUAUCACAAGCUAGCCUUAAGACAUAUGCUGACAUCAUUGCCAAUGCCAUUUUGAAGCUUAUUCAAAAUGAUUUAGACUUAGAAAUUCAAAAGAUAUAUUCAGAAAACAUCAUUGUGAGUGCAAUUGUUGACAGUAUGUUAAAGACGUUAGAUGAUAAAAGAUCUGUAAAGGAAAUUGGUUUCAAUUCAAAAGAUAAUCCUAACGUCUCACAGUUAACUUUAUCAAAUGAAAUAUUGCUGGGGCACAAAGAGAAGCAAAUAAAUACCAAACAAUCUCUGUUUACAAAGUAUCCAUUAGAACAAAACCAACUGAUAUUGGAAAACAAAAGCCAGAUAAUUGUUUUGGAAGAAAUAUUUAUGAGAAAUGGAGAAUCAAAACACAAAGAAAAAGUUGAACUGCUCAGUGCAGUGGAAGAACUUUUGAAUAAGUUGUAUCAAAGAAUAAUGGAAGUCAUAGGCUAUUUGCCUCCAUUUAAUGAAACUUCUCACUUUAUAUCUAAUUCUAAAAUUAAAACACUAGACACAACACAGAAGAACAGUUUUCAAUCACAUAUUAACAGUGUAGCAAAUGACAGUGAAAGUGUUUUGGGGAAAAUGUACUUGGUAGUUGUGACAUCAUUAUAUGAAAAUAAAAGUAGGAGAGAAGUUGAAACAUCUCACUGCAAUGAUUCCUUACCAAUGAAACCAUUAAGGUUUAGAGAAACUAAACAAGCAGGAAAAAUAAAUAAUUCCCCUAAAUAUGUGAUACCACAGGCUUUUUCUUAUGCAGACAAUCAAAAUAUCUCUGUAAUGGAAAGCACAUUUUUGCCAUAUUUACCAUUGCAAGUGAAGAAAGACUUAAUUCAAAUGGUUCUCAAUAAGAUUACAAAUUUUGUCUCACUUCAUCUAGAAGAGAGUUUGUCCCCUGAACAUUGUGCUGAUAAGUUGAAGCUUUUAAGGCCACACACUUUUAAGGUCAACCCUAAGGACAGCCCUAAGCCAUGCUUUCAAGCAAAUUCAAAAGCAAGAUCAAAAAUUACCACUUUGCCUAAAUUUACAAAAAAAGCACACUUAGGACUGAGUGCUGCUAAGGAAACCAAGUUAGGUCUUAGAGAGGAGACCCCAAAGGACAGCCAAUCCAAAACUGCCAUUGGGUUGUCACACAUCAUGUCAACUGGAGACGCCAAAAACUUACUAGAUGCAAAAUUGCCCACUUCAGAACUAAAAAUAUAUGCCAAAGAUAUAAUAAUUAAUAUCCUGGAAACAAUUGUGAAGGAAUUUGAAAAGGUAAAGCAAACCAAAGCCUUACCAUGUGAUCAAAUCAUAGCAGCAGGUAAAAUAGUUAAUACAGUUUUGCAAGAAUUAUAUGUUACAAAUAACUGCAAUUUGGCUUAUCCAAUCAAAUCCUCACAUCUCAAACUUUCACAGGGGAAUAUAAGCCCAGGAUCCCUUGUGAAACAAGAAUGUUUUUACUUGGAGAACGUUUCUUCACAGCUAGAAUACAUUUUUCCUAGAGAAGGUAUAUUUAAAAAAUUGUUUGAGAAGUGGCAAACAGAAUCAAAUGACAAGGAAAAUGAAAAGUGAAUGAUAGCCGAAAAUGUUUUGAAUGAAAUUUCAAUAAAAGCAAACGAAUUAGUAUAUUCUCUUUCACUUUUAAAUUUGCCACCUCUUGAGAAUUGUGAAAGCAGGCUAUAUAAUCAUCUUAAAGGAGCUUCUACUGGAGCUGAGGAUAGCAAAGCACAAAUUAAUAUGUUUGGAAGAGAAAUUGUUGAAAUGCUAUUUGAAAAAUUACAGCUAUGCUUUCUGUCCCAAAUUCCAACUCCAGAUAGUAAAGAGACUCUAGCAGACAGUAAAGAAUACAUUACAGCUAAAAAUAAAUAUGGUUUUCCAAACAAGCAUAGCCUCAGAAGUUUACCAAUCUAUAACACAAAGACAGAAGACCAAAGUUCUAUGGGCUCUAGCAACCACAUUGUUCAAGAGAUUGUAGAAAGGGUUUUAAACAUGUUAGAGUCAUUUGUAGACUUGCAGUUUAAACCUAUCUCCAAAUAUGAGUUUUCUGAAAUUGUGAAAAUGCCACUUUUUUCUACCCAACAGAAACUAUUAAACAAAGAAAUGUUGCCAAAAUUACAACCACUUAAAGUGUUUCCUGAUGAAUCCAAGUCAAAUACUAUUAUUUUUAAGGAAAACAUACAGGAUAUCCUUCUACGGAUUCAUUCAUUCCAUUCACAAUUACUGACAUAUGCUGUUAAUAUCAUCAUUGACAUGCUUGCUGUAAUUAAGAACAAGCUAGACAAUGAAAUAAGCCAAAUGGAACCAUCUUCAAUUAACAUAUUGAAAGAGAACAUUGUAGCAAGUGAGAUCAUUGGCGCACUAAUACACCAGUGUACUUAUUUCAAUGAGUCUUUGAAACAAAACCCUUCAAAGGAAAGUUUAUUCCAUGGUGCUGAAAAUGCCUACGUUGUUAAUCAGCUUGUAUUAGCAACUAAUAUGAAAACAUUCACCUCAAAGUUAAAGGAAGGUGGUUUGGGGAUUCAUCCUUCACAAGUGACUAUAACUGACUUUAUGUUUAUGAAAGAAAAGUACAGGGUUUUAUCAAAUUUACCCACCUCUGUCAGAUCCUCUGUAGAAGACAGAUUUAAAAACUCAGAGCCAACGAAAAGGCCUGAUUCAGAAACUAUGCCAUCAUGUUCUAGAAACAAAGUACAAGACCACAGCCCAAGGAAAUCUAACUUUGGUCAUUUUGAUGAGAUCACGAAAGAAAAUAACUCCCUCCCUGAAGGCAGUAUCUCACAAAAGCUGUUUAGGAAAGCAAGCAGCUCCACAGAAACAUCGUUAAAGCAAGUCUUGUCAUUCAGAGAAAUGGGAAAAGGUGAAAAUCUAAGAGCGUUUCAUUAUGAUACCCUAAAACCAGUUGUUGAACCAAAUCAAAUUCAGACAACCGUUUCUCCACUCAAAAUAUGUUUAGCUGCAGAAAAUAUUGUCAAUACUGUGCUAUCCAGCUGUGGCUUUCCAAGUCAACCACGCACUAAUGAGAAUAUGGAAAUAAUGAAGCUAUCAAAACAAAGCUCUUUAUCUGAAGUAUCUGGAGGACAAGAGAGUAAGGAAAAAAGUGUUCUUAGAAUGCAGGAUAAAAUAAUCAGCUAUAUAUCUGAAGAAGAAAACAAAAACCUUGAAGCCAGCAGGGAAGAUUCUUCUUUCCUGCAGAAAUUGAGAAAAAAGAAUUACCCAAACAUAGAGACUCUGAAAGAAGUUGAAGUCUUUACUUUUGCAGAUCAUGAACUGGGUCCCAAUGAAGUUCAUCUGAUAGCAAGACAUGUCACCACAUCUGUGGUCACAUAUUUGACGAACUUUGAAACUAGAGUAUUCUCCCAAGAAGAUGUCUCGGUUUCUACAUGGUCAAGGAAAAAGUAUGAAUCAAAACAGCCCCUAGGAAACAUAUAUAAUGAUUCCUCAAUUUAUCAUUGUUGUGAAUAUCUCACUAAAUCAGUACUUUAUCAUUUAACUUCAAGCAUUUCUAAUGGCACCAAGAAGGGUAGAGAAAAAGAGAAAGCAUGGGAAAUUCAUGAAGAAGCAUUUAUCAAGAUUAUUUCAAUUCAUUCUCAAGUGUUUGCGAGCAAGUCCAUUUCCAUUGGAAAACUUGCUUUAUGUAUUUCUGAAAUCAUUAUUAAAAUCCUUUUUAAUAAUAAAAUUAUACAGGCUGACAUUGCACAGAAAAUGGUUUCCAUACCAACAAAAUACAUUUACUGUCGAGGAAUAGCUUCUAGUGGCUUUGAUGACCUCUUUCAGGAUCUCUUAUUAGGAGUGAUUCAUGUACUGUCCAAAGAAAUAGAAAUAGAUUAUCACCUUGAAAAAAAUGGAAGAAACAAAUCAUUUUCUAUCAGAAAUAAUAGUGUUUACAUUUGCAACAAAAUCAACAGACAGGCAGGCCCCAGAGACUGGAAGUUAUCAAUGAAACAAAUUGAUCAACUUUUUCAAAAAAAUAAAUUAAAUUACCUUGCAUGUAAGUUAAACAGCCUGGUUGGUAACCUAAAAACCAGUGAAUCCAAAGAAGUUGUCAAUAAAGUUUUUAAUAUUGUUUCAGAUUUAUUUUCACCAGAUGAAUGCCUAGAUAGUGAUACAGAUUCUGGUAAAUUACAAGGAACAUUUGUCUCCUCCUCAAAUAAUGAACAACCUAAUAGCAUAUUUAGAAAUAACUCACAGCUCUCCUCAAAAUCAGUUUUUCUUCUAAGUGUUGUAUGUGAGAAACUUAUCAGAAUACUUUUGGAAGAAUGCACAAGCAAUGUCUUUCUUGAUAAUGGAUCUCUUUCAGAGGAAACAUCAGCAGAAGAAUGUCAACUUUUAAACAUGCUUCAAAGUAUAGAAGAUGGAAAAUCUGAUUAUAACAGAGGAAUGAACUGUGAAUGCCUUCAAGGAGAUUACAUGUCAGACCUUUUGGAAAAUGUGGCAGAAAUUGAUCAAGACUUACUGUCAUCAGACUCUAUGCUUACUAUUAUUUCCCACAGCUUGGUUAAAUCAUUGAUGAACAAAUUAUCUCACAGUAUACAACAAGCUCCCGAAAGUCUACCUUUUGCAAAUGAGCAUUUGAACUACCAAACAAGAGAAAUACAGUCAAGUCUCACCAAAGCAAGAAAGCCAGAAUUAACAGAAUUAAGACAAAGUAAAUAUUCUUUAGGACUCAGGAGUUAUGACAGUAAUUCUUUGACAGUAUCCCUGAAUAAUCCCAAUGUGGUUAGCUCCAAAAUGCAAGCACCAUUUGGCAAGCAUUGUGCAGUGAAAUCCUCUUCCAUGUCAUCACUUGAAAGCCAGAGAACAAAAGAAAUGGAUAAUGUAGCCAUUCCUAAUAAGCUACAUCAGGAAGGUAUAUAUGCUGGUGUUUUUUUGGAAGGAAUAAUUUCAGAAUUGUUUUUUAAUCUCUCUACUGCAUUGUGGGGCAAAAAUAAAAACAUCACUCUGUCCUGGCUCAGUGAGAUGAAUACAUUAUUUGUCAACAACGUAGUGAAUGAAUUUAAUAAUGCUCAAGUCACUGUUCUACGGAAUGCUGAAGAAAGACUGUGUUUUCCACCAGUUCAUACAGAAACUGUUAACAAAAUUGUCACCUCCGUUUAUUAUGAUGUUUUACAGCAGUAUGAAUUAAAAGUAGCCUGCAGUAAUGAUCUGGUAUAUGACAAUGCCUCAAUAGCAGAACAAAUAACAAAUGGCAUAUUGUUAGAGGUUUUAGACUACAAACUGCCAUCUUUCCUCAGGGAAUUUCUCAUACCCCAUUCAUGUUACCCUCUCAAACCUGAAAUUAUAUUGCAAAAGCUUCAAAAUAACCUGAGAGAAUUUGCUUCCCUACCCAGGUCUUCAUCAGACUAUAGUACCAUGUUAUCACAUUCAUUUUUAGAAGAUGUCAUCAGAAGGCUUUUAUCUCGGCUCAUUCCUCCACCCAUUACAUGUUCCCUUUUAGGAAAAAAACAUUUAAUGGGUUCAGAUUUUAAUGAAAUGUCCACCUGUAUAGUAAAUAAGGUUAUGUCAGCCAUUUCAAAACAUAAAAUCUGGUUGACAAUAUAUGAUAAUAAAUAUCUAUACACUGGAAAAAACCUACAGAAGAUGGUGGAUUCUAUUUAUGGUAAUAUUUUGCAAAUGUCUGACUCUGUUGUUUCUAUACAGAAAAGUAUAGUAAGCCAAAACCCAAUUAUGGUUGACCAAAUAGCCGGUUUUAUCAUCCAAGAGAUUAUUGAAAAUCAUCUUCAACCAUUUUUGAGUGGAGAGGUUUUAUGUCAUUCAAAGAAUCCACUGGAUCCAGUAUCUACUAUGGUUAAACAGGUUCUGAGUGAAGUGACAGAGUUACACAGACCUCAGAAGCAAUCACCUCAAGUAUUCCCCAGACUUUUGUCAAAGAUUUUCACCCCAAACCAUAACACCAAAAUUGAGUUGAAAAACAUGACUCAAAGAAUAGUAAACUCUGUAAAUAGCCAUUUUGAUAAAACUAAAAUUCACACUCUCUGUGAUGACAAAGAACAAUCUUUCUCCUCUUUCAAUACAGAUAUUGUGGAUGAACUUGUCACCUCAGUUUACAGAAAUGCUUUAAAGCAGCAUGGGCUAGACCUUGCUAUUGAUAAAGAGUCUGAAGAUAGUGGCAUUUUUGUGGAAAAUAUUACCAAUCUAAUUGUAGCAGCUUUUUCAGACUACCUUCUUCAUCCUCUGUUUUCUGGGAAUUUGUCAGCUUCUACUGAUUCUAAUUCAGUGGCUGAGAAUAUUGUUCAGGACAUCCUUACUAACAUCAGUAAAUCUACUGAGCCAAGCCAGAGUUUACCUCUAUAUAACACCUUGCUGCCAUACACAUUUUUAGAAGAACUAUUAUCUAAAUUAUUUUCUUCUGCAUCUAGCCUGGCUCUAAACAGAGAAACCCAAAAAGAUUUGUCAAGAUCGAAUUUCAAUGAAACUGCUUCAAACAUAAUUAGUGAUAUUAGGUUGAAAAUUUCUCAACAUAAAAUUCAAUUUUCAAAAGAGGAAGAAAAAAACAAAUUUAUUUAUUCAGAAGAUGAUAUUCAGCACCUUGUUGACUCAGUAUUUGAAAACAUUGUGCAAACUUCUGGGUCUCAAGAAUCAGCUGCGCAAAAUAUCACAAGCAGUAAUGAUGUUCUUAUUGAAAUAAUAGCAGGCUUCAUCAUUAAACAUGUAUGUCAAAAACAUCUUCAGCCAUUUGUGAAUGGAAAAUCAUUACCUUCAUCAGACACAUAUUUUGAUGAUGAGAGAAGGCAGUUAUUUUAUACCAGUGUUUACUCUUCAACAUUCUUGGAAGAUGUAAUCUCUGGAGUUUUAAGAAAAAUAUUCCAUCGGGGCAUUGUACAAACAAAAUCCAUGGGAGACUCAGAAGAUGAACUGUUUGAGAAAGCUGAAGAACUCAUACAUUUGAUAACAGGGGAAUUCGCAAAAGCCCAAGUUACCAUUAUAGAUAAUACUGAGGAAAGAUUUUGUUUACCUCCAGUGGAAGGGGAUGCAGUCAAAACAAUUGUUGACAUGGUGUACAGCAAAGUUUUGCAAGAAUAUGAAAUGGAAGUAUUGCCCAAUAAAGAUUUUCUACAUGACACAAAGACAUUGGCUACCAGAAUAACUAGGAUCAUCCUGGCUGAAAUUUUUGAUUUCCAAAUUCAUCCAGAUGUUAUAGCAAGUCUGCCUUUUAAGUCACAUUCCAAACUCAGCACAAAUGUUUUAAUAAAGAGAGUUCAAGAUGAUAUAAGUAAAUCAAGAUUCCAAAGACAAGCUUCAACAACGUAUAUGUUAUCACAUAGUCAUUUGGAAAAAAUCGUCACUCAGCUUAUAUCUCAGAUGAGUCCCAGUGCAGAACAGUCAGAUACUACUAAAUCAGACUUAAGUAAUACAGUGAUAAAACUGAUAAGUGAAAUUAUGUCAAUAAUUUCAAAACAUGAAAUAUGUAUUAUUAAAUAUGGGAAUAAAAGACAGAGUAUGAUUUCAGCAAAAGAUAUCCAGUCUAUGGUUGAUUCCAUUUAUGCUGACCUUUCUCAUUCAAAUAUAUACCACUCCAUUACAAAAGAAAAAAAGAGCAUAAGUGACAUACCUGUUUCAAAAAUAGCAAGUUUUAUAAUAAAAGAAGUCUUUAAUCAUCAUAUUCAAUCAUUUUUAUCUGAAGAUAAAACUCUCCUUUUGGCUGCAGUUGAUCAAACUUACAAAUUGAAAACAAUAGAUCCUAAACAAAGAGAAUUAUCUUUUACUGUGAACUCAUCUGUCUUUUUGGAGGAAGUAAUUUCUGAACUUUUAUGCAAAAUUCUUUAUGCAUUUUCACAUAAUAUGUUGGUUACUGAAAAUCCGAAACCUGAACUUACCAGCAUUGUUACAACGUUGGUAAAUUCAAUUGUUCUGGAGUUCACCAAAUCAGAGAUUUCAGUUGCAGAUAACUUUGAUGAAAAUUUACCUUUCUCAGAAAGAUAUAAAGAAAUGGUACAAAAAACAGUCAUCUCAGUAUAUGGAAAAAUGUUAGAUCAAUAUAAAUCUCUGAUUCAAAUACACAGGGUUAUACAAAGUGACACAAUCUGCUUUGGUAGGAAAAUAUAUUAUUUGCUAUUGGAAGAAAUUUAUGACUAUCAGGUGCAGUCAUUAGUUUCAGGAGAAUUGCCAUUGUCUUCUUAUUCUUACCCCCAAGCUGAUAAUAUCAUCAGAAAUGUGCUUAACCUAAUCACAAAGGAUAGCCAUGCCUUGCCAUCAUAUAUGACUGUGUGGCCUCAUUCUCUUUUAGAAGACAUAAUUUACAGGCUUCUAGUGCAUAACUUCCCUUCAACUCACACUGAAAAUGAACUAAAGGAUGAACUUGUGGAUGCAGUUUCAAAAUUGACUGAUGAAAUUAUAAAAGAAAUUUCUGAACAUGAAGUUCGACUUUCCAUGGCAGAGGAUAAUGCAGAAAGUAUGCAGUUAGAACCUAUUGAAAAUUUGGUCGACUCUAUAUGUAAUAAUAUUUUGAAAACUUCUGAAUUCCAAGCUGAAGUACAAAAAGAUGCAGGCAAAAAAGGAUGCUUAUUCCUCAGUAAAAUAGCUGGUUUUAUUAUGAAGGAAAUCAUGUAUCAUCAUUUACAGCCAUUUUUCCAUGGUGAAGAAUCAUCUUUCAGUGACUUACCCAAUCAUGACCAUGUCUCUGAACUUGCUAAAUCUGGUAAAGAAAAGACACAGCCCUCUCUAUAUUCAGCUACAUUGGAAGACAUAAUCAUUAACCUGGUUCACAAAUUUUGUUGUCUCCCUGUUACUGCUGAAGAUUCUAGGAAAAAAGAAAUGGCAGAGCCAGAUAUUAUGGGGUUGGCUCUAAAAUUUGCAAAUUCUCUGAUAAGGGAAUUUAAAAAAAGUCAAAUAAAAGUUUUACCAAAUGCUGAGAAAAUGUUUUCUUUUCCACCAGUUGAUAAAGAGACAGUUGAUAAAAUAUCCAAUUUUGUAUAUGAUCAGUUCAUAGAAAAAUUCACAUCUAAUAAUACUCAGAAAGGUGAUGAAAGUAACAUUGCUAUAGGGAUGAUUGCUUCUCUAGCUCAGAAGGCAAUGUCUACAUUCAAGAUUCAACCACUUUUUUCAGGAGACUGGUCUUCCACCUUCUUUUCAUUUCUAAAUCCAGAUAAUAUCACCCAGAGGGUUCGACAUCUACCACAAAACACCUCUACACAAAUAAGCAGAUGCUUAACAGAGAACCAACUCCCUUUAUCAGAUCAAUCAUAUAAAGAUACUUCUUCCACCUCAGACUGCAAAAGCACAAUGAGCCCUUUGCAAAUAAAUAGAGGUACAGUGAGUAGAAAGAAAAGUUUCACAUCAAUGACAAAAGGGGACAUCCAAAAUCCAGUACUUGGCUCUACAAAUGCAAUUAUGAAAAGCAGCAUAAUUAAACUGAUAUCAGAGUCAGCCACAGGUGCGACAAAUAAGAAGAAAGUGGAUGGAAAUAAAGUGGGAAUUUGUACUCAAAAACAUAGUGAGAAUGUAUCAAAAAUCACUUCUUUAACUACUAGUGUGAAAAGUAAAGAUACUUGGGAGCCAAAUUUGAGUGAAACAUUUAAAAAUAAUGAAAUCGAGAAGAAAAGAAAUUUAAUUCCAAAAUAUAAAGAAGGGCAGGAUGAUGAGGUACACACACAUUUUCCCUUAAUAAUUGAUAAUAUAGAAUAUGAGAAGGAAGUACUUGGAUCAGAUUCUGAAAUAGGCUAUAAAAAGAAGAUUGACAGUGCAAAAGAAAGAUCAUUUAAAAAAGAUGGGAAGGUCUUUCAGUUACCUUCUUCAAAGUCCAGGAGAAAUUUAAGGACUACAACGGAGACUUUGGAAAUAGGGACUCAAAGCAAUGAAGGGAGAAGAGAGUCUCCAACCCAAACAGAUAUGGAUGAGGAACACCACUCAGAUUAUGAAAAUGUUCAAUAUGUCAUUGAAAAUAUUUAUGGGGAUGUUUUACAACGAUCUUCUCCAGAACCAGCAUAUUAUUCAACACUCAGUUAUGACAAAAGCCCCCCAGGUGAUAAUGCAUUAAAUGUAAUUCAGGAGGUCAGCAGGGAUUCAGCACAGUCUGUUACAACAAAAAACGUAUCCUUCUCAACUAACAAAAAUGUCCCUGCCAAAGAAAAAGAAGAGAAAGAGAGCGAAAAAGAGGAAGUAAGAGAGGAGAUUAAAAGUGAACCCAGAAAACCAGACAGCCCUCAGUACCAACCAAAAAAUAAACCUGGAAUUUUUCCUGCUAAAUUUUUAGAAGAUGUUAUUACUGAGAUGGUUAAAAAAUUGAUCUUUUCUUCUAUACCAGAAACACAAAUACAAGAUAGAGGUCAAAAUGUCCGUGAUGAGAAAAAUCAAGCUGAACUCUAUGACACUGCUAUGAAACUCAUCAAUUCACUAUUAAAGGAGUUUUCAGAUGCUCAAAUUACGGUUUUCAGACCAGACAAGGGGAAUCAGUUUUUCCCACCUGUGGGAAAAGAGCCAACAACAGAUGAAGCACCAUCCAGCAUUAAGAUAAAAUCCGCGGAUAAAAUGCCACCUGUCGAUAAAAUGACUAAAAAACCUUCAGUUAAGAUACCAUCAACUGACAAAACAUUGGUCAAUAAAGUUGUUCACUCUUCUGUUUGUAAUAUUUUAAAUGAAUAUGGAUCUCAAGACUCUAUUUGUAAGAAUAUAAACAGUAAUGGAGAAAAUUUAGCAAGAAGACUAACUAGUGCAGUGAUAAAUGAAAUUUUUCAACAUCAGCUUAACUUGAUAUUUUGUGAUGAGGUUUCAGCUUCAGCAUGUUUGCCUCUGGAAUCUAAGGAUGUUGUUAAAAAGGUCCAAAAUUGUCAAACUUUAUCACCAUAUACAAUAAUAUUACCUCAUAAAUUUUUAGAGAAUGUGAUUUCUGUUCUUUUAUCUAAAAUUUUCUCAAUAAUAUCCAGCACAGAAACAAGAAAACUUGAGGACAAUUUGUUCACAGAACUGGAUUUCUUUCAAAUUAAGUUAGUAAGUGCAGUUGCAACAGAGAUCUCCCAAAAUAAACAUUUGAUUAUACAGUAUGUAGAAUCCUUACAAUCUGAUGAUCAUGAAAUUACUCAGUUAGUGGUUCAGUCUGUUUAUAACAAUCUCUUGCUACAGUUUGGAUCACAAGAGAUCAUACAGAAUUGUGUCAUCAGUGGAUGCAAAAUCCUUUCAGAAACCAUAGUUGACUUGGUUCUACGAGAAGUGGCUGGCAAUCAUUUGCAGAGCUAUUUUUGUGGAGAGCUAACUCCACAUCAGUGUGUGGAAGUUGAAAAUAUCCUUAAAGAUGUUUUCCAAACUACUGUGCCCUUACCUAAACCAUCACAUGCUCAUAAGCUGUCUUAUAACAUAAUAGAAGAAAUUGCUGUGAAAUUUUUAUCAAAACUUUUAUCUGUAUUUCCAAAAGUGCAUAAAGAAAAAACCAAAUCCUUAGAAACUGAAAUGCUAAAAAUAACUUCAAAAGUAUUAAAUUCAGUCCAAGAAUUUAUCUUUAAAAGUAAGAUUAAACUUGUAGCACCCACCAAGCAAUCACCUACUGUACCUGUAGCUGAUAAUGCAACUAUUGAAAACAUAGUUAAUUCUGUUUUUACCAGUGUUUUAAAGCACUUUGGUUCUUUUACUUCGAUAUUUAAAGAUUUAAUGGGUAAAGGUAGUGUCCUCUCAGAUAUAAUAGGCUUAUUGGUGAAUGUAAUAUCCAAUUCUGAAUUUCAACCUCAAGUAGAGGAAGAAGUAUCAAAUUCAGAAUUAGUUCUGGAAGCUGUCAGAAUUAUGGAAAAAGUGACCAAAAUUAUUGAUGCUAAGUCUCAGGAAAAGUCUUCAUUCAGAAAAGGUUUGACAUUAGAUGUCAAACUUUUAGAAGAGGUGUUGGCCUUGUUCUUGGCUAAACUAGUAAGGUUGCCAAGUUCCUCAAACAUAGAUGAAAAAAACUUAUCAAAGCCUGAGUUAAAUAAAAUUGCAUCUCAACUGACAAAAUCUGUAACAGAUGAAAUUUCCAGACGUAGCAUUAGUCUAAUAGCUUCUGAUCCUGAAAAACACUGUUUAAAUCCAGAAAAUAUAGAAAGGGUUUAUCAGGUUGUUAAUUCUGUUUAUAGUAACAUACUACAACAAUCAGGAACCAACAAAGAACUUUAUUAUGAUAUAAAAGAUACAAACACAGUCUUUCCUAAAAAAGUGGCUAGUUUAAUUAUUGAUGGAGUUUCAAGUUUUCCAUUAGAUAAAAUUGGCUCAAUAAUUUCAAAUGCUGAUCUCUCUGGAGAGCUAGACAUUAACAGAAUUGUUCAAAAGGCACGAGAACAUGUUAAUAUGAUUCCUGAAUCGGAGGAAGAACAGUUAGAUCAAGUUUCAUCUGAAGAGGAAUAUCCUAUUAAAAUAGUUCCUCAUGUUGGGAAAAAACCAGUCAAAAUAGAUCCAAAAAUUAUUUCUGAACACUUAGCAGUUAUUUCUAUAAAAACUCAACCUCUUGAGAAACUUGAGGAGGAGUGUUUGAAAAGAACUGGACGUAGCAUAGCAGAACUGAGAAGAGCAUUAAUAAGUGGGAGAAAUUACUACUCAGAAUCACCGAAUUUAGAAAAUAGAAAGAGAGAAAGACGUACCUCAUUGGAUAAGACUGGAAGACUAAAUGUAAAACCCUUAGAGACUGUUCGCAGAAAUUCAUUUCCGAAUAUAAGAAAGCCUGAUAUUACAAGGGUGGAGCUCUUAAAAGAUGUGCAAAGCAAAAACGAUCUUAUUGUUCGAUUAGUGGUUCAUGAUAUUGAUCGAGUGGAUUUGGAAAACUACAUAAAAGAAGAACUCGAUUCUGAUGAAGAUGAAGUUGUUUUAAGAGAGACUGUGGCAGAAGAAGAAGGCAUCGAAGUAUUUAAAGAUCAAGUAAAAGUCAAGAAGCCAGAAGAAAACAAAGUUAAGUCAGCACUAAGCACUAGCAGACUGAAAAAGCUUUCGUCACUAAGUAAAUGCUGUCAGACCACAGCCAGUGCAAAUACUGAAAGUAUUGAAGCAACCUCAAAUCAGGUAAUAGAAUCUAAGGAGAAACAUGUUAAAAGAGCUGCUGCUGAGCUUGACAUGGCCAUAAAAAAAGCCAUGCCUGAAACAGCCUCUUCAUCUUGGGAGGAAAAGCCAUUGUGUAAGAAAGAAGAGAAGAAUCUUCUUACUGAACCACCACAUUACUUCAUACACAGAAUUAUGAGUUCAUCUUCAUACAACCAAGAAAUCUCAUUUCAUCUACUGGGUACAUGAAAUUAAAGCAGUUCAACUAUAGAAAUUUGAUAAACUAGAGCUUAUGGGUAGAAUGGGACCCCUGGCAAAAUUGUGACUGAGAAAGUAUUUAGCUUCAGACCUUCCCUCACUUCUUUCUUUCAUUGGAACCCUACUGCGGAUAAUUCCAAAGCCACGUAUUGCUAUUUGCUCAUCCAUUUUUAGAUACCUGGCCUAUAUGUCCCAGUUUUGAAACCAGUUUCUAGUAUAUCUUCUUUGUAGUCUUAUUAAAGUGUUUGUUAAUGUAGUAGGUUAUUUUCUAACAUGAGAGAGAGGUAAUGGCCCAGAAAUAGAGUAUGUAGUAUCAGUACAAAAGGGGCCAUGCUUAGCUCUCUUCACAAAGCUAGUGUUCAUUGCCUAUAAGAAGAAUCCAAAGGAAUGAGCAAGAAAUGUAAGUUGGAGCAUUCAGAGAUAAAUAAUAGAAAGCAAUGGAGUUUGAUAUGACUCUUUAAGAAUGGAUAGCACUUAUGCAAGUGAAAGACAAUCCAAGUGUGGAUGACACUAGCGGCAAAAUAUGGACCACAGUUAUAGGGGACAAGGAGGAACAAAGUGCCCUGUAGACUUGUAAUCUGAUUAAUAACUAUCAAGAAUAGUGAAAAUAUCUUAAAUUGUGCUUAAAUUUAUAAAAUUGUACAUAACUUAGAAAAGAUAACAUUUUUUAUCUGGUGAGAAGUACUGAUGAUAUACACAGAAAAAUCUACCGAAUGAUUUAUUUUUUCACUCAGCAUGCUGGAAUUGUAUUUUUUUUUUGACAUAACCCUAUUUGACUCACCAUUUUCUCUCUUCUCCUGCAUAACAUGUUAUUGUAACAUACAUAACUAGUAAUGUUGGAAACUCUCUAUUGGUUAUAUCAGUGAAGUAAAAAGCAGGCAUAAAUAAUAUUAAAUAAAAAUAAUUUUAAAGCAAGAUAAUACCAGGAAGCUCAAGGUUCUGAUUUUCCCAUGGAAACAAAACAUAAGCAACUACAAACUGACUAACACAACUUUAUAACAGCUCUGGAAAACAGUCUGCAGCAACCAAAUAAAUACUGAAUCAAGAAAAAGCUGGCUGGGCAUAGUGCGUCAUGCUUGUAAUUCCACCUCUUUGGGAGGCAGAGGCAUGAGGAUUGCUUGAGGCAAGGAGUUUGAACCUAGCUUGGGCAACACAGCAAAAUCCUAACUCUAAUAAAAUAAAGUAAUACAAAAUUAGCUGGAAUGGUCAUGUAUGUGCACCUAGUGCUAGGAGGCUGAGGUGACAGAAUUGCAUGAGCCCAGAAUUGCUUGAGAAGUUACAGUGAGCUAUAAUUUUACACUGCACAUUAGCCUAGAAAACAAAGUGAUAGAGAGAGAGAGA